GAGAGUCGGACUUGCAGCUUGCAGAGCCACCGACAGUGAUUUGGGUUAUCGUAGAAGCUUCAUGGUAGAGUUGGAUCCUUGAAUCUUAGAGCCUAGAACAUGAUCGAUACCAGUUCUCAAGGAUCCACAUCUGCAGACGUUUGGGGCCAGCCCAGCGAUUACUCUGGCCUAGGCCCUGCAACUAAAUCACAGCGGAAGCCGAAACAGAUUGUCCCAGACGACUGGGACAAUGAUGAAGAAGAGGAAGAAGACAAUGUCAAAGUCUGGGAGGACGCAAAUAAAAAAGCACCCAUGCCAGAGCUGAUCAUAUCCCCUUCAAGCACCGGGACAUGCGUCGUCCCGCCUCCCCCAGCUGCCUUCCAACCGACGAUGCGCAUCCUGAAACGGCCCUCUCCCUCCCAAUCAGCCUCGAAUUCCACCACCUCACUCUCUUCGCAGACGCGCAACACUCUUGCUGAGCGUGAGGCUCAAUAUCAAGAAGCUCGCGAUCGAAUAUUUGGAACGGCAAGCGAGCGUGGCAGUGAUGACCCGGAAAGCCGACGCGGGGUGAGGGACGGUAGUGGUAAGGGAGCAGAUACUGGAUCUGCAGCGUCUGCGGUGUUGCGUACCCCUACAGGUCCGUCAGAUGCGGAAAAGGGGGUGGGUUGGACCAAUGAUUCCCCUCCAAAGGGAUUUCGUGACAGGAGGAAUGGGAAGAACCAGAACAGCACAUCUUCGAUGUUGUAUUUUUUUCUUCUUGUAUACAUCUAACCCCAACAUGAUGCGACGAACUUUUGAGUUGGAGAGCAUGGCAACUACUACUGACAAAACAGCGAGCUUCAAAAUAUCUUUCAGACUCUGAUGGCUCGACUAGAUACACAUCACAUA